AUGGGGAUUCAAGGAUUACUUCAGUUCAUCAAAGAAGCUUCUGAACCCAUCAAUGUGAAAAAGUACAAAGGCCAGGCGGUAGCUGUGGAUACCUACUGUUGGCUUCACAAAGGAGCUAUUGCUUGUGCUGAGAAGCUAGCCAAAGGGGAACCUACAGAUAAGUAUGUAGGAUUCUGUAUGAAGUUUGUUAAUAUGCUGCUGUCUUACGGGGUCAAGCCCAUUCUUGUAUUUGAUGGAUGUACUUUGCCCUCUAAAAAGGAAGUGGAGCGAUCUCGAAGAGAGAGACGACAAAGCAACCUUCUUAAAGGGAAGCAGCUUCUUCGUGAGGGGAAAGUGUCAGAAGCCCGGGAAUGCUUCACCCGCUCUGUCAACAUUACACACGCCAUGGCCCACAAAGUAAUAAAAGCUGCUCGGGCUCUGGGAGUGGACUGCCUUGUGGCUCCGUAUGAAGCUGAUGCUCAGUUGGCCUACCUUAACAAAGCUGGUGUCGUGCAAGCUGUCAUCACAGAGGACUCUGACCUCCUUGCGUUCGGCUGUAAGAAGGUGAUUUUAAAAAUGGAUCAGUUUGGAAAUGGAUUGGAAGUGGACCAGGCAAGGCUGGGAAUGUGCAAGCAGCUUGGGGAUGUGUUCACGGAGGAGAAGUUCCGGUACAUGUGUAUCCUGUCGGGCUGUGACUACCUCGCCUCUCUACGUGGGAUUGGCUUAGCGAAGGCCUGCAAGGUCCUGAGACUGGCCAAUAACCCAGAUAUUGUGAAGGUUAUCAAGAAAAUCGGGCAUUACCUUAAGAUGAAUAUAACGGUGCCUGAGGAUUACAUCACAGGAUUUAUUCGAGCCAACAACACUUUCCUCUACCAGUUAGUGUUUGACCCCAUCCAAAGGAAGCUGAUCCCACUGAAUGCCUACAGAGAUGACGUCAAUCCAGAAACCCUGACUUAUGCUGGGCAGUAUGUUGAUGAUUCCAUAGCUCUUCAAAUAGCACUUGGAAAUAGAGAUAUAAAUACUUUCGAGCAGAUUGAUGACUACAGUCCAGACACUAUGCCAGCCCACUCACGAAGCCGUAGCUGGAAUGACGACGCAUGUCAGAAAUCAACUGUUACCAAUAGCAUUUGGCACAGGAAUUAUUGUCCCAGACUUGAGGUGAAUGGUGUUUCCCACGUUCCUCAGUCGAAGGAAAAUCCAAGUACUGUGGGCCUUAAACAAGUGAUUAGUACUAAAGGGUUAAAUCUUCCCAGGAAGUGUUCCAUGGUGAAGAGACCAAGAAAUGAAGCGCUGUCGGAAGAUGACCUGUUGAGUCAGUAUUCCUCAUUUUCAAAGAAGACCAAGAAAACCAGCUGUGGGGAUGGCACACCGUCCGACUCUUCUGAAACGUCUGCACCUGCCUCGGAAUGCGGGACUGUUCACAAGACAGAUGCACACACCCCCUCCAGGACAAGGAAUAAGUUCGCAACACUUUUACAGAGGAAGAAUGAAGAAAGCGGUGCUGUUGUAGUUCCAGGGACCAGAAGCAGGUUUUUUUGCAGCUCUCCAGAUUUUGAUGACUUCGUACCCAAAAAAGCAAGCAGUCAGCAUCUAAAUGAAACAGCUGUCACAGGCAAAGCCAUCACCAGUCUCGGAGUAUCAGACUGUUCAGACAUGGAAGGCCAGAAGCCAGUUGACACAAGUGGGACACACAGUCCAAGUGCUCAGAUUCCAGGCAAUGCCACUGUGUCUCCUGAUGGAAAGGCUCAGCCUUCUGAGACCAGCAAAUUCACGGGGAACGUGUGCCCGCCCACUCCGGGGACACUAAGAGGUUGUUUCAGUUGGUCCAGAACUCUUGGGGAAUUUUCGAGAACUGCAAGUCCUUCGACAAGCACUGCAUUGCAGCAGUUCCUAAGGAAGAGCGAGUCCCCCGCCUGUCUUCCCAAGAUCUGUGCCGUGACUGACAGGUGUCAUUCAGAGAGUGAGGUGUCAGGUGAUAAGUCUCAGCCCUUGCAUGAGGCGGGCAGGGCCUCACAGUCUCUGGAAAGCAUAGACUCACCAUGCAGUUUAAACGCAUCGACCCUUUCCCAGCCCUCCAGUAAGGAUUCGGAUUCAGAGGAAUCGGAUUGUAACAGUAAGUCGCUUGAUAAUCAAGAAAAUGAGAGCACCAAGCAACAGUUGCCUUCCUUCUCAAAGAAAGAUGUACUUGGAAGGAACAAGGUUCCUGGUCUUUGUAGGUCUAGCUCUACAGACUCUCUUUCUACAACCAAGAUCAAGGCCCUGGUGCCUGCCAGGGUCAGUGGCCUGAGCAAGAAGCCGGGAAGCAUCCUGAGGAGAAAACACAAUGACACCGAGAACAAGCCAGGGCUACAGAUAAAGAUCAGCGAGCUCUGGAAAAGCUUUGGGUUUAAGAAAGAUUCUGAAAAGCUUGCUUCUUGUAAGAAGCCUCUGUCUCCAGUCAAGGACAACAUCCAGCUCACUCCAGAGACAGAAGAUGAGAUCUUCAACAAGCCCGAGUGUGCACGUGCUCAGAGAGCAAUAUUCCACUAAGUGCAGGCCGCUGCCACAGGAAACUCUUAUCAGUUGGAGAGAUUUGUUAUUCUCGGUGCCGUUUUUAAAAUGGAAUACAUUUUGUAUAUUAACUUUGACUUUCUUU